GACGUAAAAAAAAUAAAAAAAACAGAAAGGGAAAAAAAAUUAUUCCCCUAACUGCAGCAGAUGAACUGAGACAUUCCACAAAAAAGACAAAGCAAGCAAGCGUGACAGACAGACCAAAAGAAUAGGAAGAAGACAACUGAUGCAAUAGUUUGGGUCAGCAUGACUGAAUAAUCAUCAAUUCCUUGGUAACUUACGUGAACCGAUCAAGACAUCACUUCCAUAAUUGGUGUAAAGGGCUGUACAAGUCAACAGACUUCAUAUGACCGAACAAAACUGUUCACACUGAAAGGACCGAAUCGAGAAAACACUGAACGUAGCCAAGAUGGGAGAUGUGAAAUGCAAAAAAUGUCCAAAAGGAAACUAUGUGUUUGCCAGCUGCAAUUCCACAUCGCAAACAGUAUGUUACACCUGCCCACGGCGUACAUUUCUUGAUGAGGAAAACAGUCUGACCCAGUGUAUAGCCUGCAGGGAGUGCUCCAGCACCAGCAACAUGGAGAUGGUAAAGGAGUGUGAGGAAGACAAAAACACAGAGUGCAGGUGUAAGCUGGGAUACUACUGUACACACAAAAGUGAAUCCCACUGCGAUAACUGCAGUCCGGUCUCCACCUGUCCUCCAGGGCAAGGAGUUGCCCUUCAUCACACGUUCGAGAAAAACACUGUGUGCGUUCCCUGUCCAGAGGGAACCUACAGGAAUGUGGAUGAUUACGUUUCCAGCUGCAAAAAUUAUACAAGUUGUGAUGAUUUGGGUCGACAUGUGAAGGUUCCUGGGACCAGCCAAUCAGAUGUUGUGUGUGGACAAUUUAAAGCACCUUGUUCUUGGUUGUUACCUGCAAGUCUGUGGGCAGGGAUUGUGAUUACUGCCAUGAUUAUAGUUAUGAUCCUGUUUAUAAUUUAUUGGAGAAACAAACGUCAGUCAAAAAGAUUAGAAAUUUCUUUAAGCCACGUCUCGCCAGUGCUUCCUCCAGACAUCCUGAAAUAUCCUGCAGACUGUGAUGUGGAGAAGCAUGCAGAACAUCAGCAAUGCACACAUUUAGUUGAAAAGUACACAGACAUGGACAGCAGCAUACAGUGUGAUGGAUUUUCGCCACCGCUGACAGUGUCAGAGACAUACAGGCCCUCAGCUGCCACAAAUGGAUAUACAGACAGCAUCACAUGGCACUCGAACUAUCAGUCAGAGCCGCAGGAGUCUGAAUGGAACGAUUAACUUUGGCUAACAAACAUUCUAUUAACCUGACAAUUAUCUAUACAGUGGUUUUUAUCUACCAGUGUAGAAGCUUUACUUCUGUUCUGGAAGAAUGUGUAAAUAACUAGAGUUUAUUUUUUAUAGAAAAAAAAAAUAUUGAAUACACAUUUUACGAAAAACCUAUAUGUAUGAAAACAUAAACAGAUACUGCAGUUACAUAUUAUGUUCUCUCUUGUAGUAAUAACAAUGUAUUGUCUUUAUUUAAGUUGCUAUUUUUCCAGAUGUUAAAUUUCAUUUCAAUAAAAAAAAUUGUAUUUUAAUAAUCCCUUGACUGUGUAUAAAAGCAAAAGGGUGAAGACUUUAAUUUUGUCAUACCAGGUCUAA